CGGGACCCGCAACCCUUCGCCCUCUCUCACGAACUUUUUGAGACACGGCUAACAUCUCUCUACCACCCUACAGCAUUUAUAUUCACCCCUCGCUAGUUCUUCUCAUAUACUUGUCGCUCUUCCCCCACGCUCUCCUAUCUACUAUUUCCGUCCUCGCUGCCACCUUAGGCACCGAGAUUUCGCACCGUAGCAUGUACACUUUGCUUGUCGUCGUCUUGUUGAUUGCCUUUCUAUUUGAGCCAGCAGUGGCAACGAGUCCAGUCAUGGAUGCGACGCUGCUUACAACUCCCAUGGAGCCAUCCUACCCAGACCCAGAAGGCAUCCUCACCGGCUUCUGCGAGUUCUGCGGGUUCUUCACCCACCGGUGUGUGCAUGUCAUGGGGAACGGUACCUGGCAACGGCCAUUUACGCCUUCCACAUUCCUCGACCAUCCCGAAUGGCCGCGAGAUUACCUGCCAGUUCUUCCCGCGUCGUCACCCGAACUGGAACCGCAACUCCCAUACUACACCAGCGCCGACAGGCAGACGCUGAAAGAUGAGGUGGUGCGACAGCUUGAAGAGAACGCCACAAACGUACAAGAGGGUACUGUACAAGCACACAUCGAGGAUAUAUACACGCCUGGCGAUCGAACCACAACCACUGCGGGGUCACAGCGGGCAACUCACAGGCGACAAGCACCGCGACCCGGUGGCUUCCCUUGCUCUUAUCCAGGUUGCGGCAAGCCGUUCAACCGCCAGUGCGAUCUCAAACGUCAUUCCAAGACUCACCAACCACGCUCCGAGCGGCCUCACAAAUGCUCGGUGUGCAAUGAGGGUUUCCUCUACCCGAAAGACCGCAAUCGUCACGAACGGACACAUGACCAAUCCUCGUCGCCGGAAACCACGCUCUACUGCCCGGUAGAGGGUUGCAACAACCGCGACGGCUUCUCUCGUCGCGAUAAUCUCCUGCGACACCAGCGGAAGCAGCACCCACGACUGCACUUUCGCUUGUAACUCGACACGAAAUACCACAAAAUUUAGGAUCAUUGGCAUUGGCGUUCCGUUUCGGUCUGGACUGGUUUGGCUUGGUACGACAUCCUGGUGUGGCUAUUCUUAGCCUGCCUCCACGCGAGAUCUCUGCAUGUGAUGAUGUCGCUUUUUCUUCUUGGCUUCAUGGUACAUAAUACCCCUCCUCAGCGCUCAGCGGCGCUACUAGUAAUGAUUUUCCUUCAUCCC